AUGAAGGUGCCUAUAUCAGGAGAUGUAAAAGAGGAAAUUGAAGAGGAAAAUGUGGAGGAGGAAGAAAACCAGGAAGCCAAGGUGUUUCUGAAACCUGUUAUUGAAGACCUAAGCAUGGAACUGGCCAGAAAGUGCACCGAGCUCAUUAGUGACAUCCAUUAUAAAGAAGACUAUAGAAAGUCUAAGGACAAGUGUACAUUUGUGACUGAUACACCUGUGCUAAAUCAUGUGAAAAAUGUUGGUGCUUUUAUUUCUGAGGCAAAAUACAAAGGCACCAUUAAAGCUGAUCUUUCCAGUUGUCUGUAUAAGGACAUGCCCGCCACCAUUGACAGUGUCUUUGCACGAGAAGUGUCCCAGCUUCAGAGUGAGGUUGCCUACAAGCAGAAGCACGAGGCUGAGAAAGGCUCCUCCGACUACGCCCACAUGAAGGAACCACCAGAGGUCAAACAUGCCAUGGAGGUCAACAGGCACCAGAGUAAUAUUUCUUACAGAAAAGAUGUGCAAGGCACCCACAUGUAUACAGCAGAGCUGGACAGACCGGAUAUCAAGAAGGCAACUCAGAUCUCCAAGAUCAUAAGCAAUGCAGAAUACAAGAAAGGGCAAGGUGUAGUGAAUAAAGAACCUUCUGUAAUUGGAAGACCAGAUUUUGAACAAGCCAUGAAAGCUUCUCAACUUUCUAGUCAGGUUAAAUAUAAAGAAAAAUUUGAUAAUGAAAUGAAGGAAAAAGGCCACCAUUACAACCCUCUGGGAAGUGCGUCCUUCAGGCAGCACCGGCUUGCCACUGUCCUGGCAAGUGAUUGGGAAUAUAAAAAGAAUUUUGAAGAAAACAAAGGAUUGUAUCACUUUGACGCGGAAGCCCCUGAACAUCUGCACCAUAAAGGCAACGCCACCCUCCAGAGUCAGAAAAUUUACAAAGAAGAUUUUGAGAAGGAAAUUAAAGGAAGGUCUUCACUGGAUUUAGACAAGACUCCUGCAUUUCUACAUGUGAAGCAUAUCACCAACCUGAUGAGGGAGAAAGAAUAUAAAAAAGAUUUGGAAAAUGAAAUCAAAGGGAAAGGAAUGGAACUUAGUUCAGAAGUUCUUGAUAUUCAGAGAGCGAAGCGAGCAUCUGAGAUGGCCAGUGAGAAAGAAUACAAAAAGGACCUGGAGUUGGAAAUUAAAGGGAGGGGGAUGCAAAUCGACACCGAUACCCUUGAAAUACAACGUGCCAAAAGAGCUGCCAAGAUAGCCAGUGAGAAAGACUAUAAAAGAGAUCUGGAGACAGAAAUUAAAGGAAAAGGAAUGCAGGUCAGCAUAGACACUCUGGAUGUUCAGAGAGCUAAGAGGGCAUCUGAGAUGGCUAGCCAGAAGCAAUAUAAGAAAGACUUGGAGAAUGAAAUUAAGGGGAGAGGAAUGCAAGUGAACAUGGAUAUCCCAGAUAUGCUUCGAGCCAAGAGGGCAUCUGAAAUCUACAGCCAGAAAAAGUAUAAAGAUGAAGCUGAGAAAAUGCUUUCCAACUAUUCCACUGUGGCAGUCACUCCCGAGAUUCAGAGAAUCAAGACGACACAGCAAAACAUUAGCAACUUCCAGUACAAAGAGCAAACCUAUAAGGCCACUCCAGUAACGAUGACCCCAGAGAUUGAGAGAGUGAAGAGGAACCAGGAACAGCUGAGUUCGGUUUAUUAUAAAGGUCAACUGGGAAGGGCUACAGCUUUGAGUGUAACUCCCGAAAUGGAAAGAGUAAAGAAGAAUCAAGAAAAUAUCAGCUCGGUGAAAUACACUCAGGACCAUAAACAAAUGAAAGGUAGACCAUGUUUGAUCUUAGAUACACCUGCUUUGAGACACGUUAAAGAAGCACAAAAUCAUGUUUCCAUGGUCAAAUAUCACGAAGAUUUUGAGAAGACAAAGGGAAGAGGCUUCACUCCUGUUGUGGAUGAUCCUGUGACGGAGCGGGUGAGGAAGAACACCCAGGUUGUGAGCGAUGCUGCCUAUAAAGGUGUCCAGCCUCAUGUUGUGGAGAUGGAUAGAAGACCUGGGAUCAUUGUUGACCUUAAAGUGUGGCGUACAGAUCCUGGCUCCAUCUUCGACAUUGACCCUCUGGAGGACAAUAUUCAGUCACGAAGUCUCCAUAUGCUCUCUGAAAAGGCAAGUCAGUACCAGAGACGCCUGUCUCGCUCACAUUCUGGCAGCACGUUUGGUACAUGUCUGGGAGAUGACAAAUCAGAGAUCUCUGAGCUCUACCCUAGCUUUUCAUGCUGCAGUGAGGUAACAAGACCAUCUGAUGAAGGAGCCCCUGUCCUUCCUGGAGCUUACCAGCAGAGUCAUUCCCAAGGCUAUGGAUACAUGCACCAGACCAGCGUGUCAUCCAUGAGGUCAAUGCAGCAUUCAGCAAAUCUAAGGACCUACCGAGCCAUGUACGACUAUAGUGCCCAGGAUGAAGAUGAGGUUUCCUUCCGAGAUGGUGACUACAUUGUCAACGUGCAGCCCAUUGAUGAUGGUUGGAUGUAUGGCACUGUACAGAGAACUGGGAGAACGGGCAUGCUCCCAGCAAAUUACAUUGAGUUUGUGAAUUAA